GGGAAUUCUCACGCCCAGGAGCUCGGCUAUAGCUGCGUUUGCAAAGCGGUCACCCCGAUUUCCUCGGCGUGCUGGCAUCACCCGCGGCGCUCAGGGCGAGGGCGGCGCCCCGCUUUUCUCCCAGCCUGUCAGGGGGUGUUUCCAGGAAGUGGCCAUAUUGGAUUCAUUCAGUUGCAUCAAUCCUGGGAGGAGUGCAGGUUACCAGCAAGGCAGCUUCCCAGCUAUAGAUCCAGAGCGGAGGAUCCCUUCGCCUCGCCCUUUGGCUCUCCGGUCUCCCCAGGCAUGGCAGCUACGGACCUGGAGCGCUUUUCCAAUGAGGAGAAACGGAAUCUCUCUCUGGGGGGCCAUGUUGGAUUUGACAGUCUUCCUGACCAGCUUGUCAGCAAAUCUGUGGCACAAGGCUUCAGCUUCAACAUCCUCUGUGUGGGUGAAACUGGUAUUGGGAAAUCCACACUGAUGAACACCCUUUUUAAUACAACGUUUGAGACCGAAGAGGCCAGUCACUAUGAGCCUGCAGUCCGCCUGCGGCCACGGACCUAUGACCUGCAGGAAAGCAACGUCCACCUGAAGCUGACCAUUGUAGAUGCUGUGGGGUUUGGGGAUCAGAUCAAUAAAGAUGAGAGUUACAGGCCCAUAGUUGAUUACAUUGACACGCAGUUUGAAAACUACUUGCAAGAAGAGCUGAAAAUCCGACGUUCCCUCUUUAAUUAUCAUGACACAAGAAUCCAUGUCUGCCUUUACUUCAUCACUCCAACUGGGCACUCACUGAAGUCUUUGGAUCUGGUAGCCAUGAAAAAACUGGAUAGUAAGGUGAACAUUAUCCCUAUAAUUGCCAAAGCCGAUACCAUCUCUAAGAGUGAGUUGCACAAGUUUAAGAUUAAAAUAAUGAGUGAAUUGGUUAGUAAUGGAGUCCAGAUCUAUCAGUUUCCCACAGAUGAUGAAGCUGUAGCUGAGAUUAACUCUGUGAUGAAUGCUCAUCUGCCGUUUGCCGUUGUGGGAAGCAUAGAAGAGGUCAAGGUUGGGAACAAAAUGGUGAGAGCUCGGCAAUAUCCAUGGGGUGUGGUGCAAGUUGAGAAUGAAAGCCACUGUGACUUUGUGAAGCUGCGAGAAAUGCUGAUCCGUGUCAACAUGGAAGAUCUUAGGGAACAAACUCAUACCCGCCACUAUGAGCUCUACAGGCGGUGUAAGCUCGAAGAAAUGGGGUUCAAAGAUACAGACCCUGACAGCCAGCCAUUCAGCCUUCAAGAAACAUAUGAGACGAAAAGAAAAGAGUUCCUUUGUGAAUUGCAGAGGAAAGAGGAAGAAAUGAGGCAAAUGUUUGUGAACAAAGUCAAGGAGACAGAGUCAGAACUGAAAGAGAAGGAGAGAGAACUGCAUGAGAAGUUUGAGCAUCUAAAAAGGAUACAUCAGGAAGAAAAGAGGAAGGUGGAGGAGAAGAGGAGAGAGCUGGAGGAGGAGAUGAACGCCUUCAACAGGCGGAAGGUAGCAGUUGAAACACUGCAGUCUCAGUCUCUGCAAGCCACAUCCCAGCAGCCACUGAAAAAGGAUAAAGACAAGAAAAAUUAAUCACACACACAGACUUGCAUACCAGGAAUGGACUCUGUACAUUCAUGUGUUUAAUUGCUUGCAUUUCCACCCCUGUGAACCCUUCUGUCAUACAAUUUGUGCAAGUGAGCCAGCAUGAAAGACACAUAAUGACCAUCUUCUGCAUUUUCAGUGAAAGGAUUGUGACCAUGCAGGAUGCAACUUAAACAAACAAACAAACAAACAUUAAUUUUUUAUAUAUACAGAUACCUAGUGCUAAAUGGAAGGGGUUUGAUUUGUUUAAAUCCAGUGAUUGAACAUCUGUGUUAUAAAUUGGCCUUAAGUAUAUCUAAUAAAUUAAAAUUAGUAAUCCAGACUAAGGCAUUCAGUAUAAGUUACUGUUGGGAACUUGGUUCAUUUUUUUAAAAGUUCAUUUUGGAGUAAAGACUAGUAGCAAAAUCUUGGUCUUUCUAAACACAAAUUAUAUUUUGGAUAUGUUUGAAUUUGAGGUGUUACUUUGAAUUUCUUAUUUGUUGAAAACACUCUAGCGUAAUAACUUAUGCCCUCUAGUGUAUUAUUUAAAUAACCCCCCAAACAAUCUUGUUUGUAAUAUGUAGUGGUAAUAAAGAUAAUAUGACAAAGUUUAGCUUUUCUGUACUGCUGAAGCGCAAUCUUGAUGGAACAGGAAUAAUAAGAGGGGUCCUGUUCACACACUACAUGAGGAAUGAGACAUGGAAUUCCAUUUAUUAUACCAGUGGUUGAUAUCGAGACUAGUGCUGUGCUGAUGCUAUGGGGGGCGGGGUGGGGAGGAGAAAUUUUUGCCAGUUUUCCUUUCCCUCUGAAGCUUGCUGCACCUCCUGAAAAUAUGUUCCUGAGUGUUGGACAAGAUUAGUUUGGAUGUCAGCCACUGUGUCCUCCUUUCUGAACAGGUGUUUCAUCCUCUACCUUAAAAUAAUUUAAUUUAAAAAAGCAUGCCUCCAUAAUCAAAAGUAUAGAAUAUUGCAGUUUAUUUUUUAAAAGUAGUGUCAGCUUUAAUCUUCACUUCUUCAAGGAUAGUGCUUCUGCCUUUCAUAUUGUUGCCAUUUUUAAUCACCUCUACUAAAAAGCCUGAAAACGUACCCAGGACUGGAGUGUUUCAGUAAAAGUUAGAUUUACCUUUUAAUUAAUUUAUUUAAUUUAGGGCAGUAGAAUAGUGUUUGAUCAGAUUAUAUGUGAGCUUGCACUUAAUGUCUUUGAAGAGUGUAAACUAUUUUAGCAACUAGCUGUUAGAACCCAUUUGCACAUUACAUAGAAGUUGAGAUAAAAGCAUGGUUGAAGUGCAAGCAUCUCUUACAAAUUAUUUUUGGCUGUAACAACUUGCAUAGGCGUAGCUGUGUUAGUCUGCAGCAGCAAAAACAAGAGGGUCUUGUGGCACCUUAAAGUAACAUAUUUAUUUUAAUAGAAGUGUUUGGGUCCAUAACAUGCAUGAAGUGCAAUCCUCAGAAGGCAGGUAUACAUGGAUUUCCAGUCGUCUUCUGUAACCUGUCUUAAGCUGGUGCACCAGUUGUGCUCAUUCCUGUCUCAGUAGCACCUUGCCAUGGUAAUCUAUGCCCUCAUUAUAUUUUAACUGGAUUACUUUAAUAUGCUCUACAUGAGGCUGCCUCUAAAGGUUCUUUGGAAAUGUCAACUUGUCCAGGAUGUAGUAGAUACAGUCUUGUCUGGGACAAGGUGUUCAGAAAAUAUUUCACCUGUUGCAGCUGCAAUGGUUACUAGUUUGUUUCUGGGCACAGUUCAAGAUGCUGACUGUGACCUUUAAAACUCUAAUGUGCUUGGGGCAGGGAAACCUGAAGGAUCACCUUCUCCCAUAUUAAUAUGCCUGAUCCAUAAGAGUUUUAGAGGCCCACUUGCAUGUACCUCCCCCUUCAGAGGUCCCUCCUGCGGUCAUGUGGGAAAGGGAUCUCCUCUCAGUGGAGAUCCCAUCCUAUGGAAUUCCCUCUCUGUAGAGGCCUUGUCACUUCUAAUAUUUUGCUGUAUCACAAAAAUGUAGCUAUUCAGGCAGAUCUUCUUUCAUCUGUUGUGACCUCUGUGGUUUUAUGGUUUGUACUACAUGUUAGAUGUGGUGUUUUCUUAGUAUUGACUUUUAUGAACUCUUUAGUAUGUUAUAUGUCAUCUUGAAUCAUGUGAGAAAGGUGGGAUAAUUUUUUUAAAAAUGUAUAGGGGGGAGCCAUGUUCUAAACAUGUUUUCUCACUACCCAUAUAUAUCACAUGGCUAUAUGGAAGGUUACAUUUCAUGUAUUUGAUGAAAUGGACUCUAGUCCACAAAAGCUUAUGCUAAAAAAAUUGUUAGACUUUAAGUGCCAUAAAACUCUUUGUUUUUUCUGCUGCGGCAUGUGAAUUGGGCCACGUAAAUCUCCCUCAGUGAGAAAUCCAUGAGCCCAUGGGACGUAGAGACUGGCUUAGGUCCAGACUUCUGAAGUGGGCACAAAAUGAAAAGCUGUACAACCACUUCGGCAACCUUCUCCAUUAAGUUUGCAUCAAGUUCACAGUGGGGAGGGUGAAUUUUGUGAUUCCUACCAUCUGCUCAGAUCACCUUCUAACUCAUAGAAAUAUGUCCCUGAGGGUCACACAGCCCUCAGAAUGCUUCUGGAGGUAGGAGCGAUGAACACUUGACCACUUCAUCAAUCCUUCCCCCAGAACUGCUUUGAGACAUGUGGAAAUAUGUCCCUCAGGGACAUAUUUAUGCUAUCAGGUGAUCUGAGGGAACAGUGGGAACCCCAAAAUUUGCUCUCCCCACUGCACAACAUGCAUUCUGAUCCUCUGAAAUGGGCAUGGGGCUCAUGUUACGUUCUCACUUCAAUAAUCUGAAUCUGAGCCACUGUUUCUGCUUGGUUUUUCUCAGCUUCUGUGUAAUGUUGGCCACUGUUUGGAGAUAUUUUUCAUAUUGUAGUCCUCCACUUCAAAUCCUUUUAAUGCUGGAGCAUAGCCUAUAUUUUAUUUUCGAAACAACGGAAGGCAUUUUUCUUGCCUGUUGAGAAGUAGCAUUUAGCGGUACAAUGGGCUGGAAGUCAUGCUUCUUGUACAUCAUCUUGCAGAAGCCCAGUGUGCAAAUUCAUAUGUUGAAAUAUUGUCACACACACACACAGAAAGUCAAUGUCUGAGUGCAGUGAAAAUCAUGUUACAGUAUUACUUGAUAUUUGUCUUUUGUUUUUGUUUUUAAACCUCAUUAAAAUUAUACAGGUACUUUUAAUAGUAAGCCAUCUAAUAAAUGGUGGUAUAGUAGAUAUUUACACUUUUUUCAGGGUUGUGCUUUUUUUUUAAAGGCUGUGCCUCUAUUAAGCUAAAUAUAUUUCCUAAAGGGCUGCUUUCAAAAUAUUAGGGGUAAGAGAAGUUACUGAUCAAAUAUCUAUUCCUAUAUAUGAUGACAAUCCUUACACAUGAUUGGCUAAAGUUGCAAAUCAAAUCAUGUUUUCCUUUGUUAGACAAAAUAUUCCACAGGAUUGUGCAGACUUAACAAAGGGGGCUGCAGGGCAGUAAAGUUAAGUUUUACCUGAUAUGUAAAUUGCUGCAUCUCCUUGAGAGAGUUUCUAGUAAUUGCUAAGGCCAACAAGUUCUUCUAUGCAAAUAUUUUCUUUCUGAUUGGCUUUCUGUUCAGUUUGUUCUCGCCCUUUUUGGAAGCUUAUGAAAAUAUGGUUGUAAUGAAAAGAUAAAACAUGUAGAAAACAUGGCCAUAAUAACAAUAUUUUCAUAUAGUUCUGAUGAAGACAUUCAGAAUGUAUGUAACAAUAUAUUGUUAUAAUUAUAUGUGUAUAUGUAUGUAUGUGUGUGUAUAUAUGCUUUCCGUUGUGCUGACCAUGUUGUCAUUUUUAGUGAAAUACUGACCUCAAUUUUGCCUCAGUCUUUGUUAAUCUUUUUAUAAUAGACUUUCCCAACAUAAACCUUUUUUUUUUCCUUGGUUGGGGCCGUACUUGGUAGUACUUGACUUUACAUUUUUAUACGAGACCAAAUUAAGUGGUUUGCAUAUAGUAGUUCCAUACAUUUUGUUUCUUUAUUUAACAAGGGGAAGAGAGCUGGUCUUGUGGUAGCAAACAUGAAUAGUCCCCUUUACUAAGCAGUCCUGGUUUGCAUUUGAAUGGGAGACUCCAUGUGUGAGCACUGUAAGAUAUUCCCCUUAGGCGACGGGGCCGCUCUGGGAAGAGUACCUGCAUGCUUGCAGGCAGAAGGUUCCAAGUUCCCUCCCUGGCAUCUUCAGAUAGGGCUGAGAGAGACUCCUGCCUGAAAUAUAUGAGAAGCUGCUGCCAGUCUGUGCAGACAAUACUAAAGUAGAUGGACCAGUGGUGUGACUCGGUAUGAGGCAGCUUCCUGAGUUCCCAAGUUACUGUUUAUUAUAAUGUAUUGCUAAUAUUAAAUUAAAUCUUAAACUAUAAGCUUGAAAAUUCACUGCUUCUGUGCUAGGUAAGAAAAACAUGAAAAUGCAAAACAAUCAACUCAAAUCUCUAUCUAUCUAUCUAUAUAUGAGAAAGAAAUGUGUCAUUUGAUUAAUGGAAAGAUGACUCUUUCUGUUGAACCUUAACUACUGCAUACUUUUCUGUUUUCAAAGCCUUUAGAUGCUUAUUGUGUUGUAGUCUCUAUGUGUUUAGUGAGAGCAAAGCAGAGGAUUCCUCUUGGAAGACCAUACUGAAUGUUACUCACAAGGAGACAACAGGAAAACCCACAUCACUGUUUUCAUGAAAUGUUAACAUGUCGCUCUCAUUUUGGUUUUAUGCAGUUUUUGUUUGUAAAAAACAUUCAGAUUUUUCAAUUUCAUUUGUACUUUUUUCUUUUAUUAAAUGUUAUAUUUUAUUUUGAA